AUGGGUAACGAAACGGUUGUCCCGUCCGAGAACGAACUGAGAAACUUCAACCCUGGCAACCCCGAUGUGCUCGAGCUCAUUCACCAUGCACAGGAAAGUGAUGCAGCCGAUCGCCUACUCACCGUGAGACAAGCCCUGUCAAAGUACAAAAAGGCUGUCUUCUGGGCCAUGUUCCUUUCUACCAGUCUGAUUAUGGAGGGAUACGACCUGGUCAUCAUAACCUCUUUCUAUGGGCAAUCCCAGUUUAUCGACCGAUUCGGCGUCUUCUCAACCAAAACAGGAACCAAGGUUAUCACAGCAGCAUGGCAGUCGGGGCUGUCGAACUCGUCCAUGGUAGGACAGUUGGCCGGGUUACUUGUCAACGCUUACACUCAAGACCGGUUUGGCUGUCGACCGACAAUGAUGUUCUUCAUGGUAUGGAUGGCUGUUAUGAUCUUCAUCCCUGUUUUUGCGCCUUCGUUGCCGGUCCUGGCCUGGGGAGAGGCGAUGUGUGGGAUCUCAUGGGGAGUUUUUCAGACCCUCUCGACUACGUAUGCUUCCGAAGUCGUCCCUACCGUCCUACGGCCGUACGUCACAGCCUAUGUCUGCAUGUGCUGGGGUGCUGGUAUUCUACUGUCGUCUGGUGUUGUCCGAGCCGUCGCCAGCAUUGAAGGAGACCUAGGCUGGCGGCUACCAUUUGUUUUACAGUGGAUCUGGCCUAUUCCCUUGUUUGUGGGAGCGUACUUUGCCCCUGAAUCGCCCUGGAAUGCCGUCCGACGGGGUAAGAUCGACCAGGCGAGAAAGAGUUUGAUGCGCCUUCGACAGGACACUCCAGACAAAGAGCGAGAGGUCGAUGCUACACUGGCAUAUAUUCGGCAUACAACGGAGCUGGAGCAAGCGGAGACGGCGAAUGCAAGCUUCCUGGAAUGCUUCAAGGGGACGAACCUGCGGCGAACGGAAAUUAAUUGCGUCGUCUGGGCGGCUCAAAUCCUGUGCGGCAAUGCCAUCCUCGGUUACUCAGUCGUCUUUCUCGAAGCUGCCGGAUUCAGUGAACUGCAGGCAUUCGAUGUCAACAUCUCCCUUUCUGCAUGCUAUAUCAUCGGCGGCAUCAUCUGCUGGCUUCUCUUCCCGCACUUCGGCCGCGCAACCAUCUACAUGAGCGGCAUGUCUUUCAUGUUUGUCUGCCUCGUGGUCAUUGGUGCCCUCGGUUGGGUGGAAAGCAAGGACGCACAGAUGGCAAUCGGCAUCCUACUGGUCAUUUCGACUCUCUGCAAUAUGAUUACCGUCGGACCGGCCUGCUACCCCAUCGUUGCAGAGACACCUUCGGGACGGCUAAGGUAUAAGACAAUUGUGAUUGGGAGGUUUGUGUACAAUCUGACGGGCAUCUUCAAUAACUCGCUGACCCCGCGCAUGGUGGCUGCUUCUUCAUGGAACUGGGGAGCAAAGACAGGCCUCUUCUACGCUGGCACCAACCUCCUCUGCAACAUCUGGUGCUGGUUCCGUCUUCCUGAGACCAAGGACCGCACCUUUGGAGAGAUUGACUUGCUCUUUCACCACCGCGUGCCCUCAAGAAAGUUCAAAUAUACAAAGGUGGACCAGUUUGCCAAUCAGCAGGAGUACGUGUCUAAGGAGGAGGAGGGAAAUAUGGGAACGUCGGAACAUAUUGUCUAA